AUGUCCACGACGCCAGCCGGGGUACCUCCUUCCUCCACAGCGUCUUUUACCCCUGCAGGACCUCCGCCUUCGUCUGGACUUGGAAGCUCGCAGUCAGGAACACGACGUGCUCUGGAUUUCUCCGAUAGCCGAUUCAAUCAGUCGACCACAUCAUACACGGACAAUGACCUUUUAUCCUUCUCUACUACAUCCUCCAAUUUCCCGAGAGAACUCGACUCCCGUAAUUCUAGUUAUCUGUCACACCGGCCAACCAGAUCGCCGCUUCACAGCAGCCACAGAUCUAUCCUCAACAAGAGUAAAGGCAUCAGAAGCCCAUUCGACUCAAGUCGACGCAUACCAUUCUCACAAGAUAGUGAACCGGUCAUUACGGAUUCGCGCGCCUCAGAAGAUAACGGAAUUGGCUGGUCACCAAGCAAAGACGGUGGCCCGUUUACUAGCUCUCUUUUCCAACCAGCGACAAAAGCUCAGCCGUCCCGUCUGCUACGGAAACCAGUUAUUUACUCGAAUCCGGCAGGUGCAAAGCGUGCGAAACUCGACGAAACUUGGAUACAGUCUACAUCUCCGGAAAAUGAACAACCUCAGAAGCGAAAGAAGGCCUCGAAAUUUCCCUCAAUCAUCAAAGACUUGACUGCCAGGGCAAGCCUGGCUUCGGUUGAUGAGCCGAGUGAGCUAUUAUUGAGUAUGGAGGAUGCUAUAUGUCGGAUGUACGACCAAGUCCGUGAUCGUAAUUCCGACGAUGAUAUAGUCGACUCAAGCCUUUCUGCCGUAUCCGAUGAACUAUCAUCCUUGUGGCAAAGAUAUUCGCCAGCACCAAUGGAGGAAAAGGAUGGUGUUCCUCUUAGUGGUGGGAUUGGACCUGGAGACUCGUCGCCCAGUAUCAUGAAGGCUAUAUUCUUGAGCUCAUUACUGCUCCAGCUUCACCAUCCUCCGCUACUCGAACCGAGUAACCAAGUCUCGAAAUCUUCUCGCAGUAUGUUCCGUGACUUGGUGAUGAGAGAUGAACCUCUACCAAAAGUUCCGAUACCCAAAGUGCUAUUUCAAUGGUUAUGGAGAUAUCACGACUUGGAGACAAUUCAUUGUGACAUGCUUCAGGAUAUACAGCCAAACCCAACCGCCUCCCCAAUGUUUUGGAAAUUUAUCCUCAAAUCUGUUCUGCGUGCCGAGUUUGGUAACGUGAUAACGCUUUUGAGCGAGGCGGAUUUUAGCUACGCCAGGACUGCCAUGGAGGAUGGAUACGAGCAGCCAGGGUACCAUGGCUCUCAGCUACAAAAUAUCCAGCAAUGCGUGAAUAAAGCUCUUCAACUCCUUAAAACAUGCCCAGCAGUUCAGCGUGAUGAUUGGGAAAUUAAAGGGGUUGAAUGGGCCAUGUUUAGGAAACAAGUGAACGCCGCGAUAUUAGAUUUAGAGGAUAUGGCUGAAAGUGGGCAAUCUCAGAUUUCUGAUGACAGUGAUGGACCAUUUGUUGCGUCGCAUUUCGGUAUCUCGUUUCAACGCCCCGAUUCUAUGUCAUUUAGCCAUAGCGCGCGCAUGGCAGAAAGCCGGAUACCGUGGUCCAUAUAUCUGAGCAUUAAGGCUAUGUAUAACAUCUUGUGUGGAGAAACAGAAAAUAUUCUAAAGCAGUCCGAGGAUUGGGUGGAGGCCACAAUUGCGUUGACUGCCUGGUGGGAUGGUGACGACGAUAGCGACAUUUCGGUUGGCGGGAAGAAGAAAGCCCCAGCAAAACGUCGUUCUCAGGCUCCUCGAGCUGUUGACUCCAAUACUGAAGAGUCAUACUUACGACGUCUUGACUACGCUUACAGCUCUGUAACAGAUACCCUGGGAUCCGCUGGUUUCCAAAUCAAUUCAAUGAAUCCCUGCGAAGUUGGCUUGGCUUCCGUAUGUGAAGGAAAUGUCGAAAGCGUACUUAGACUUUUGCAAACCUGGUCUCUUGCUGUGAGUGCUGCGACAGCUGAGAUUGCCAGCUUCGGAGGCUGGCUGGCUGCAUCAACGGGCUCCGAACCGAUGCGCGAAUUCAAUGAGAGUGACCUUAUGGUCCUCAGCUACGGACAACCAGAAAAACCACUCCAGAAGGAUGAUAUCUUAAUCAACUAUGCGGACGGUGUCUUCUCACGAGAUCGGCUUGGGGAUCGGAGUGCUAGAGAGGGGUGGGAGCUCUCCUUGGAGGUGCUGAGCCGCCUUGAUGACCAGGAGCUUAUGAAAACCAAGGUCAGAGAGCUGAUGGACAAAGUAUCUCUGGAUACAGCAGAUAAAAUGGACAAGGCUGUGGUUCUGUGCGCAGAAGUAGGCUUUAGCGAUGAGGGUAGACGAGUCUCGGAGCGAUAUGGCGAUCAAGUUGCUGAAGUAUCUGAGAAUUAUGGCACUGCUCUGAUUUGCUACGCUCGUGCUCAUUGUUCUCGCAAGAUUAAGAACGUGAUUGACCUGCUCACAUCCUUCUGUCUGAUCCAGUCCAGAGCCUACCCUGCGAAGGACCAGUUGGACGAACAGCUCCGUUCCCUUCUGGACGAUCCAUCCACCGCCUUGUCUGCCAUCGCCUCGGUGGAUGCGGAGGGGGCUGCUAUGCUACAGUUUUAUUUCAGUAGCUAUGCUACGCUACGAUCCUAUUAUGAGAUCCGUGAUGAGGCUGCCGGUUUAAAUUCAGGCCAGGUGCCUAAGCAUCGUCCACUGGCGCGGAAACGUGAGGCUGCUAGGGCAUUGGUGGCUGUUAUCCGAAGUGCGGCUGAUAGCAUCUAUGGUGGAUUGUAUGAUCCAGACAGGCAAUCUGCUGCCCAGGUCGAUGGGUUGCUCGUCUUACUUGGCGAAGCACUAGCACUUCUUGAUCGUGAGUACUACCAGUAUCUUCCGAUCCUUCAUGGUUUCUGA